GCUCCCACAUGAUGUAGGUCAAGUGCCAGUGAUACUGGGACAGUGGAAAUAUUAUCCCCAAGCAUAUUAGGAAAUGUGAUUCAGGGUUAGAUUGCAGGUUACACCCAAUUCAGUUCACUCUUUACACGUCAUUGUCUUGCAUUGUUAAUAGUGACAAACAUUGAACAACCGUAGGAUCAACUUUCAAAAAGGAAGCCAGACUGCUUGCUGCUUCUAGUGCAACAUGAUACGUAACAAUUAAGAAUAAUAACUCAAUUUACGAUUUUCAAUAACAAUAUCAUGAUCAAGAAACACUUACAUAAGAGAAUUACAGGGACCAAAAUCCAUGGCAACAAAUCGUUACCACGUGGCAAUAAGAGAGACAAAGCUUUUGAGGGGUUUGGUUUUCUAAGACCAGAUAACAUCUCACAAGUAUGACCAUCUUGCCGACUAUCCUUCGAAAUGCUAUUGUGCUGAUUGAGGUUGAUUCUGGCUUUUUAUGGUACGGCAUGAUGAUGGUACAGUAGCCUGCAUCGAGCGUGGCCAAAUGUUUUUUCCAUAAUGUUCAAAGAAAAAAAGUUGGAUGAACUCGAAAUUUCAAGGCAACAAACUGUGAUGAAAUUUGGUGAAUUUGGAAAGGUGAAAGUAGUUUUUACUACAUUCCACAACAAAGAAUUUACAGAACUCUACUAAGCCAGCACAACCGUGUUCAUAUUAUAUCCAGACCAUUCUUUGGCACACCUGAAUACUGGGUGGUGCCUCAAGCCUUUGUGACCUGACAUAUUGUGAUCAAUUAUAAUCCUAAAGCAAUAGGAAAUUAAGACAUUCCCUGCUUGAAGGUCAACCACACUUCAGCCAUUAGUCCCUGUUAUAUUGAGAUAAGACUCCACCCACCCUCCACAUAAUCCCACAGGAGUAAAUCCAUUGGUCAGAUGAGGAAUCUAGAGGAUGCAAUCAUGAACGUUACAUCCAGUCCCUCAUUGGCAGCUGAAGCAUCGAGCACACAGUCAUGAUUUUCUUUCAGAGUAUUGCAAUUUGUUUCUUUCUCUCAGACCUGCACUUAUCUGCCAUUCAUGCACUUGAAACGUGCCAGACCACCUGGUUUGACAAUGGAGAUGUUUCAAGAGAAGGUGACUCGGAGCUCUUGGCUGAUUUGAAAAGGAAACAUGGCCUCAGGAUCUGCUCGGAUCCAGUAGGCAUGGAGGCUCAGACGGUUUCUGGGAUAAAGUCUGACCACAUAAGGAACAUCUUCCACACCCACAAUGCAGCCGAGGGCCUUUUGUGCCUCAACAGUGAGCAAUCAUGGAGUCCAUGUGAAGAUUAUAAGGUCAAGUUCACCUGUUCCGGAGAGUUCUGUUCAGAGUGCCAGACAAAGUGGUUUGACCUGGACGACCCCGAAGGGCAUGGAGAUUUUGAGCUCCUGAGUGACCUCCUCCGCAAGUUUCCCGGAGAGAUCUGCCCCCAGCCAAUAGCCAUUCAAGCCCAAACCGUUUCCACAGACUUUGCCUCCAGUACACCAGAGACAUUUUUAAACCUAGACGCUAUGUAUGGAUUCGCAUGUUUGAAUGCAGAUCAGGUUGACAAGAGCUGUGAAGACUACAAGGUCAGAUUUACAUGUCCUAAAGAUUUCUGUCAAGCGUUUCAGGAGUGCCGUACACGAUGGCUCAGUAGCGACAAUGACCAAUCAGACGUGGGCGAUGUGGAGUCCUUGUAUCAACUGAUGAAGACUUACCCCGGUCAGGUCUGCAAAAAUCCAAUCCAAAUAGAGGCCAGGACAAUAAGCGGCUUGCCUUCUAAACACACUGGGGACAUCUUUCUCUCCUAUGAUGUCACUUUUGGCUUUGCCUGCAUCAAUGAGAAUCAGAAGAGUAGUAAACAAUGUGAGGAUUAUGAAGUAUUGCUGACAUGUCCCUCAGAUUUCUGUCGGAUUUGCAGAACCGAUUGGUUCGACCUAGAUAAUCCCACCAAUGGUGGUGAUUACGAGACUCUCGUCAAGGUGCAGAGGCUGAACACUGCUGGAGUCAUCUGCGCUCAACCUGUAGCAGUGGAGGCGAUGACAGUAUCUGGCAUCCCAGCACACAAGACUGGUGAUGUAUUUCAAAUGUAUGAUGCUACUCAAGGCUUUGCAUGUGUGAAUGAUGAUCAGCCUGGUGAGAAACAAUGUGAAGACUAUAAGGUCAGAUUCACCUGCCCACCAGAUUUCUGCGCCUGAAUGAGCAGUCUUGUAUUCAUAAGGACAUCAUCAGCUCUCACUAAUUCUUGUUUUGGGAUUCUUUAAAUGGUGUCACUAGUACAAACAAUAAUAUUUAAUGUGUCCACAAUGCAAGGCAGUCUUAUUGAUGUGAUUCACUGAGAAUGGGGGCUGUCUGGAACUCUGGAAUCUAUGAAAAAACUAAAGCACACUUACAAUUUGAAAAGGUCUUACACUUGAGAGAAUGAUUUUUUUAUUCGGUAUAAAUUAAAUCUAGUACAACUAUUUAAUCAAACAUUGUUCUUGUGACAAGCUGUGUUGCGUCUGCGUGUGACUAUUUAGCGACACCUAGCGAGGAUUAUUCAUAUUGCGUUGCCAUGACGCUUUGGUAUACUGCAAGAAAGGAAUUUUCCCACAAAUGAGUAUUUUGUGCACACAUUGUAUAAAUUUCAUGGCCACAAAUGAGCCUUUUGUGUUAUGUUUUAUCGUUAUUGUGGCAAAAAAAUGAAAUCCCAUGUCACGUCUGCAUGGAUGCGCAAAGGUCAGUGGAUCAAGUGUCUAUUAUAUAUUGAUAAUUCACAGCAAACAUAAAAGCACAUUGUGCCAUUUGAAAGAAUGUUGACUUUACGUCUUUAUUCCCGUGAACGUGGGCAGUAUUUCAAUUUGGCGAUGUAUUUGCUGCACAAAUUUCAUAAACAGAUCUUCUGGUUGAUUGAUUAAGUGAAAAACACAAUUCUCUUAUUCUAUCGUACGCGCUUUAGAAUUUUUUUUUUUUGAAAAAGAGACGUCCGUCACUUCCUACUAUAGCUGCCAUGGUAACAAUUCCUACUUGUGUGCUUUUUUUUUUUUUUUUUUAAAUAUAGGGAGGAAUGAGCUGAGCAGAGGCAUGAGACAAAAAUCUAUUCAAUAUAACCUGAUAUAUUCCUGCAUAUGAAUUAUUGUAUUAGCCACCGCAGUAUUUCUUCUUCUUUUAAAACCUGUGAAAUUCCGUUUUGCACUUGUCCUGCUCCACGCACAUUCUUGCACGCUCUGUCAGCGAGCGCUGACCAUCCGAGGAGAGCAUGACAGCAUAACGGAAACGAGUAGAAGCCCCGAACGCGUCACCUCCGGUGGAAUAUUCCAGCCUUUUUGCGCCUUGGUCUUUAAAAGACUGCGUAGGUGACGCUUCUGCAACGUUGACAGGUAAACGUGCUACUGAUGCCGCUGACAGAAUAAAAAGUUACAACCUAAGGAGACAAAAUAGUAAGCUGACGGUAAACCUAGAGAAAAAAACGCACAGUUCCUUAAUUUGUGUGGCUACAUUCUCUACUCCGUUGCAUCCAUUCCAGGUAAGGUGCUAUAAAAUGAUAAUCUCACAUUCAGGUAAAAUGUCAUUUUGAAAGUGAAAAGGGAUUCUAUUGCUUGUGACGCAAUCGCGCCCCUUAGAUGAUUUAUAUUUGCACAUGAGUGGAAUUCUAAAAUGGUUGGCGCAAAUGCAGCGAGUGGCAAAUAUUUGGAGAAGCGUUGAAAUGACGCAGUUGGUGUUCAGCCAGAUGGGAAUUAUUUUAAAAACAGUUUGGGUCCAGCAAAAAAGUCGAAUACUUGGUGCCAUCUUAUUAUAUUAUUAUUACUUGUCACAGUGUCUUUCAGCUGCUGUGAUUCGGGGAAAGUCAUGAUCCUGUUGACACCAUCUUCCGGUAGGUCCAGUGAUUAUUCAUGAAUCUAAUCUCGAUUAGUGUGCUCUCGUCUAGCCAAUCUGGGGAUUUGAUAUGGUUGAACUGAAUAAAAUGGGAUGGGAGUUAUUAAAUCUGCAUGUAUUUGUGAUGUAAUCCGUGAAUUGUAUAGCCUUGCAUUUGCGUGUUGCCGUUGUAUUAGCUGCAGUAAACUUUAUGUAAUGGUUUCGGUUUUUUAAAUGAUUAUGAUUAUUCCUGUUGUUUUUUUGCACCCCCCUUUUUUUUACUAGGUAACUUAGUAGGGUUAUGCAACAUGGGACUAUUUGCACUCAUUACGCAGCAAUUCAGAUGUAGAGACAAAGUUCGCUGAAUCUGUUUGUAGUCUUUGCCCGAAAUUAUUUCGAGUGUAUUUCAAAAUGUGACAUUUUUAUCCCAAAAUUCAAUCCAGUAAAGUUAAAAGCAUGCUGUCAGUUAAAAACUAUUUCUUGGCUGUGUGCUCUUGUCUCAUUCACUGUUUUCUUUCAGAUGAAGAGUCUCUUGAACUGCCCCGCCUUUGGAAUCACACGAAAUUCAGGGUGAAACUUGAUAUACGGGUUGCUAUAAUGCAACAUUUAAAUCUAUAUUGUAAAUUUUGAAGUCAUGAUCUGAGCACACUGUCUUGGAUGGUACUAUGACAUGAGAGAAAGCGCUUUAAAAAGAAAAUCGAUUGAGAACAUUUAUUUAUGGGGCAAAGACAGUUCUUUUGGCCAGUGUAAACUGGUGUCAGCUUUUGUUCCAUCUGGCUGACUUGAUGUUGAUGAGCUGUUAUUAUAACCAGUAAUACCAACUUUUGUGUCAUUGUAACACGACUUCAAAAUUAAGUUAAAAAGCAGACAUAUUAGACACUGAACCGACGCAGGAAAGCUUUUUCUACUUUAAAAUCGAUGCUUCACAGACAUUUGUCAAUAGACUAGAUCCAUUAGCUGCUGCCACAUUGUCCGAGGUCACCACUUUUGAUUGGCGCGAGCAGACAAAUUGAUCUCACGUCUGGUAUGUGUCAAUACAGUUGUUGCAAUUUACACUGUCACUGUAGCUACCUAAAUUUAGUUACCUCAAUGUUUGUGUGUGUGUGGGCAUGCGCAUGCGUAUGUGUGUGUGUGCUGAAAAAUAAAUAAAUCCUGAAUUUGUUUAAAUGUCAGCACGGUGGACAACCAAUUAGCACAUUCACCUCACAUUGCACAGGUCGUGGGUUCAAAUCUGGGCUCUGGCUUUCUUGUGUGUUUGCAUGUCCCCCCCCCCCCCCCCCCCCCUGCCCGUUUGGGUUUUCUCCCGUUGCUCAGGUUUCCUAUAUUGAAGACUCUAAUUCGUCCGUAGGUGUGAAUGGUCGUUUGUCUGUUUGUGCCCUGCAAUUGGCCGGUGACCAGUUCAAGGUGUACCCCGCCAAAAUCAGGUGGUUUAGGCUUUAACACACCCGCAACCCUUGUGAGGAUAAGUUUGGAAUGGAUUUGAUCAUGCUACAGUUGCACAUGAUUAAAAUGAGAUAAGUUAACAUAAUUUUCCCCAUUUCAAAACUGUAUUAGAAAAAUACAAGUUUGUUUCCCAUGUGUUAAUCAUGUGCAACCUACAUGUUUGGUGUAAAAUCAAACAAGUUUUUUUUCAGUGGCGUGUGCAUGAUCUAUUUUUGGGCGAGCCACUUGAUCAUGUUUGACUGCACAUUUGUCAAAAAAGAAAACGUUAUAGUGAUCCCAAAAUGGACGCAUACUGUACGGUCAGUGUCCACCCAAUAAACACACAUCUUAAGUGAUGCUCGGUUUUAUACAGCGUGACAUUUAUUUUCUAGUAGAAAAAAAAAAAAAAAAUCUUACUUUUCACUGCUGAGCUUCGGCUCG